UCGGGAAUUUUACCCUUUUGCCCUCUCUGAAUCCUUCUCUGCUUAUUUUGUUUCAUGGUCGUUUAAAUCUUGCAGGAGAAGGCGAUCCGGAAUUAACCUUAGCAGGGAUUUGCAUGGACUCGCCGGCGAUCUCGCCGAGAGCCGCAGCUCCAGCACUGGUGCUUUCGAAUUCAGGGAAGAGGAUCGACCAAGCAGCGGGGAAGAAGAAGUACGUGAAGCAGGUGACGGGGAGGUACAAUGACACGGAGCUCCAUUUGGCUGCGCAGCGCGGCGAUGUGGCGGCGGUGCGGCAGGUUCUCAGCGCGAUUGAUGCGCUGAUGACGGGGACUUCGUCGGGAGCCGAUUUCGAUGCCGAGGUGGCGGAGCUUCGAUCGGCGGUGGUGAACGAGGUCAACGAGGUCGGAGAGACGGCGAUGUUCGUUGCGGGGGAGAAGGGGCAUCUGGACGUUGUCGUUGAGCUGAUGAAGUAUGCUGAUAAGGAGUGCGUGACGAGGAAGAAUCGAUCGGGGUUCGAUGUGCUGCAUGUGGCGAGCAGAGAAGGGCACCAUGCUAUCGUGCAGGCACUUUUGGAUAUGGAUCCUAAACUCAGCCGAACUUUCGGCCCCUCGAAUUCAACUCCCCUUAUAUCUGCUGCGACGAGGGGUCACAAGGAAGUAGUAGAGUUGCUAUUGGCUCAGGAUUCCAAUAUGGUCGAGUUGGCAAAAACAAAUGGAAAAAAUGCAUUACAUUUUUCGGCUCGGCAAGGCCAUGUUGAUGUUGUAAAAGCAUUGCUGGAAAAAGACCCGCAGCUUGCCCUGCGAACUGAUAAGAAGGGCCAAACUGCUUUGCACAUGGCGGCUAAAGGAACUAACUGUGAUGUGGUCAAGGCAUUAGUCGAUGCCUAUCCAGCAAUUGUGAUGCUACCGGACAAAUAUGGUAACACAGCACUACAUGUUGCCACAAGGAAAAAGAGAGCUGAGAUUGUAAAUGCACUAUUGCUUCUCCCAGACACCCAUGUAAAUGCGCUGACCAGAGAUCACAGGACUGCUUUAGACAUUGCUGAAGACUUACCUCUUUCAGAAGAAGCCGAAGUUAUCAAAGAAUGCUUGUCGCAGCACGGUGCAGUUCGAGCCAACGACUUGAACCAACCCCGAGAUGAGCUUCGGAAGACCGUCACAGAAAUUAAAAAGGAUGUCCACACACAGCUAGAACAGACAAGAAAAACCAACAGAAAUGUUCAUGGAAUUGCUAAAGAGAUUAGGAAAUUGCACAGGGAGGGAAUCAACAAUGCCACUAACUCUGUCACAGUGGUUGCUGUGCUGUUUGCCACGGUAGCUUUUGCUGCAAUCUUCACUGUUCCUGGUGGGGAUGAGGAUAGUGGAGUUGCAGUAGCUGUUCUCACCACCUCUUUCAAGAUCUUCUUCAUCUUCAAUGCGAUAGCUCUCUUCACUUCGCUGGCGGUGGUGGUGGUGCAGAUCACAUUGGUGCGGGGCGAGACCAAGUCGGAGCGGAGGGUUGUUGGGGUCAUAAACAAGCUUAUGUGGUUGGCAUCAGUGUGCACCACAGUCGCUUUCAUAGCUUCUUCCUAUAUCAUCGUCGGCCACCAUUUCCAGUGGGCGGCCAUGCUCGUUACCGUUAUCGGUGGGGUCAUUAUGGCCGGAGUUCUCGGGACAAUGACUUACUAUGUGGUGAAGUCGAAGAAGACACGAAAGCUCAGGAAGAAGGAGAAGUCGUCGAGGAGAAGCGCCGGGUCCAGCUCUUGGCAUGUUAACUCCUCUGAAUCAGAGAUCAAUCCAAUAUAUAAUAGCAGCAUGGAGUCAACAACUGAGCAAGAGAGCUGCAGCUGGAGUCGAAAGAAGACAAGAAAGCAGCCUACAGCUAAACGGGAUGAUGGAUCUCUGCAUUCAGCUGCAAGAGCAGGGAAUUUAGCCUUGGUAAAUGAGAUUCUUAUGGGUUUGAAGGAUGAGGAAUUGAGAGAGGAGUUGUUGAAGCUGAACCAGGCUGGAGAGACUGCAUUGUACGUGGCUGCGGAGUAUGGAUUUCAGGAUAUAGUUAGUGAGAUGCUGAAAUAUCAUGACAUUAAGAUUGCUGGAAUUAAGGCUAAGAAUGGUUAUGAUCCAUUGCAUAUAGCAGCCAAGCAUGGUGAUUUUGAUGUUUUAAAGGAGCUGCUGAAGGCCUUUCCAGAGCUUGCCAUGACAGUGGACUUGUCAAACACAACACCAUUACAUACUGCUGCUUCUCAAGGGCAUCUCGAGAUUGUAUAUCUUCUUCUUGAAGUGGACAACAGUUUGGCAAAAAUCACAAGAAGUAAUGGGAAAACGGCUCUGCAUUCUGCUGCCCGGAAUGGACAUCUGGAAGUUGUGAAGCUUCUAUUAGAUAAAGAUUCGGGGAUUUCCUGCAGGCAUGAUAAUAAGGGGCAAACCGCAUUACAUAUGGCAGUUAAAGGACAUAAUCUGGAGGUUGUAGAGGAGCUUCUCAAGCAUCAACCGAGCUUGGUGAACGUGUUGGAUAUGAAGGGAAAUACAGCGUUGCAUAUGGCGACUAGAAAGGGGCGUCCACAGAUUGUGAUGACGCUGCUAAACUUCAAGGAAACAGAUACAAGAGUAAUCAACAGAUCAGGUGAAACAGCUCUAGACACUGCAGAAAGAGCCGGAAACUCAGAAAUCGUCGCAUUACUAAAGAAACAUGGCUUACAAAGCGCAAGGACGAUCAGACCAACCCACGCCGCCCAUGAACUAAAGCAAACCGUUAGUGACAUUAAACACGGCGUUCACUCUCAACUCCAGCACACACACCAGACAAGCAAACAUGUAUUAGGCAUUGCCAAAAGACUCAAAAAACUCCACCGAGAAGGCCUCAACAACGCAAUCAACUCGACCACCGUUGUUGCCGUUUUGAUCGCCACCGUUGCUUUCGCUGCCAUUUUCACCGUUCCCGGCCAAUACGCCGACUCCAUAAGUCCGGGAGUUUCACUGGGAGAGGCCAACAUAGCCCACCAAAUGGCGUUCAUGAUCUUCUUCAUUUUCGACUCGGUGGCCCUCUUCAUAUCCCUGGCUGUGGUGGUGGUUCAGACCUCUCUAGUGGUCAUAGAAAGCAAGGCGAAGAAGAAGAUGAUGGCCAUUAUUAACAAGUUGAUGUGGCUUGCGUGUGUGCUUAUUUCGGUUUCGUUUCUUUCCCUUUCUUUUGUUGUGGUUGGGAGAAGUGAGAUUUGGAUGGCGGUUGGAGUUACAAUUAUGGGGACUGGUAUAAUGGCGGCGACUUUGGGUACUUUGACAUAUUGGGUGAUUGUGAACCGAAUCGAGGCUAAGAAGAUGAAGAGUAGUAGGAGGUCGUCGCUGAGCAGGUCUGGGUCGAGGUCAUUGUCGAGGUUUUCAGAUGUUGAUUUGCUAUAUGGUGAAAAGAAGAAAAUAUAUGCAAUUUAAAGUACUGCUAAUGGUUAGUGUCAUUUGUUAAUGUUUCGAAAUAAGAACAUUUUAUUGCUAUCUUUGCUGAUAACUUGGGGACUGGGCUGAGUUACUGGACAAGGAUGGUGAUUGAAAAUUAGAAUUGAAAAAUGAAUUUUGAUAUUUUUUUGUAUAUUCAUCAUAGUAUAUUGA